CACACUCGCACGCGUAUACGUACACACAGGGGAAGAGGGAGAGGGAGAGGGAGAGGGAGAGGAGGCAGACAAGGGAGAGAAAAGAUGAUGUCAGGCAAGUACACAAGCAUAGACAACCAGAAGGUCUCAGGAUCUGUAGCCUCUGUGCCAGAUCCAGGCCACCUCACCGUCAACUUCGCCGAUUCCACUCUUCAGACGUUUCCUCCACCCGAAGCGCAAGGGAAGAUCUCAGGUGUUUCUCGCCCUCCUCGAGAUGCCGACGAUACAUUUUCAAAACCUGUAUCUGGUUCUGAUGAACCCCAGCAGAGUGGUUGGUUUCGGACAUUCACGGUUGCUGCUUACAAGCCAUACUUUGAUGUUGACACUUCAGAUGUUUUAGAGAGGAUUAAAGAUUCACUCUUUCCAUUUAGGGGAACUUUUAAUGAAAAAACUGCUAGCAAUCCAGAUUUGUAUGGACCAUUUUGGAUAUGCACUACCCUAAUAUUUGUAGCAGCUUCUAUUGGCACUUUUGUGACCUACGUAGCACACAAGCUGAAGAAAAAAGAAUGGGAGUAUGACAUAAAUUUGGUGACUUGGUCUGCUGGAUUGUUCUAUGGCUUUGUCACUAUUGUACCUCUUGGAUUAUAUGUAAUCCUCAAAUACUUUUCAGCUCCAUCUGGCCUUGUUCAGCUGUUUUGUCUCUACGGCUACUCCUUAUUUGUCUUUAUUCCAGCUCUGUGCCUCUCUGUUGUGCCGGUGGAAAUCUUCAGAUGGGUGGUUGCAGGUGUAGCUGGGCUCAUGUCGGCAACAUUUGUGGCACUUAACCUCCGAGCCCACAUUAAGUCAGCCGGUGAAAGGUGGUUCUUCAUUGUGGCUGUCAUCUUUCUAUUGCAGCUGGCUCUGUCCGUCGUACUAAAGCUCUACCUCUUCACUGUAACAGUAUAAGAGUAAAUAAAUAAAACUGGUUUAUACCAAUUGUCCUUUUAGCUUUCUAUUCUGAGCAGAAAUAUGAUUCCCGGAUCAAAACCUUAUCCCUAUUCAAUGUAUUCAUUCAUUUGCGGCAACAAAAAUUGGAGUGACGAUUCUUCUUUUACAAUUGUGAUCCAUUUUCGCCCGAACUGGAUUGAAAGGUAAGAAAUGAAGGGCUAAGAGUAGGUUAGUGGGGGGAGCAACCCUUUUUAGGUAUAUAUGUGUUAUUGAAUAUGAUUCUAAGCUCUACAAUUUUGCAUUUCUUAUAUCAUUUUGUUGAUAAAUGGGUUGGCUCUUUUA